AUGAGCGCGGCCAGCGAAAGAUUGUUCAACUACGAUUCGGUAUCUCUCAGCAACCCGUCUACCCUCAUCCGCCUCUUGCGAGUCCAUCCGGCUGCCAAUUACAGGGAUGAUGCUCGUGAUCAUCUCUACAUUGUCCCAAUCUGCGAGCUCCGUCGGAUAUUUCGUCCGAAAUACAGUGCGCUAUCGUAUGCAUGGGGCUCUGAUGCCAGGUCUCGUUCAAUUACGAUAGUCGAUUACGCAUGCGAUUCCACCACCAUCAACGGUGCCGCUUCCGCCAGCAACCGGGGCCAGAAUUCAGAACAAGGCGAAGAAAGCGGCCUUACCGGCCUCCCCCAUUCAUUUCUCCCCAUAACGAAAUCUUUGGAUGUUUGUCUGAGACACUUGCGAAGCCUCGGUCAGCUUGACUCGCUUCCUAUAUGGAUUGAUCAGAUAUGUAUCAAUCAGUCUGACGAUAGCGAGAAAUCCGACCAAGUCCAGCUCAUGAGGGUGAUCUAUACCUCUGCUAAGCAGCUGCUUGUCUGGCUCGGACCUUCUGCUGAUGAUUCGGAUGAGGUUAUGGAUGCGUGGAUACAGAUCGGUCAGAAGUACCUCCGUACUGUUGGCCGCCCACUAGCAGAAUGCGACCCAACAUGGCAACGAGUUUCGCGACGUCUGAAUGUAGUUGAAUACAAGGUUGACCAACUCUUCAAUGACGCACUCGGGAUAUAGCGGCAAAUUUACUCGCCGGACAAGCUCGGGCGGUGGUUCUCAAGGGAUUGGUUUUCACGCGUUUGGGUCAUACAAGAAUUCUGUCUGUGUUCCAACACAAUGUUUGUGUGUGGCCACAAAGUCGCCGAUGCCGAACACGUCAUAGCCGCGCAGGACCUUGCCAUGUACGCGCAUGGGUUCUAUAACACUGAGGAUGAUCAUCCAGCCUUACCCCAGAUCCAACGUGCAAUGGAUGACUGGGCGAGUUCCUGGGAGCGACAGCGUGAGAUGGCUAUCCACAUCGAUUGCAAACCCCAUAUUUUCGAAAGCCGAGCCUGGACACCCCCACGAGCGCCCAUACCCUCUACGUUAGCGGAACGACUCUAUGUUAACAACAAGACACACUUGACUGCAACAUACUAUCUGGAUAGAAUUUACGGGCUGCUGGGAAUAUCAUCGGAUUCUCAUGCGCUAGGCAUUGUGCCCGAAUACUCUUCUACGGCGAGCAUUUCGGUGCGGUUGACGCAGGUGGCAAGAUCCAUGAUAUUGAGAGGAGGAUAUUCAUGUUCUUCUCCUACCCCUGAAGGCCUCCCUUCUCUCUCCAUUCUGCGUUGUGCGCAAUUCCCGAAGAUCUGUCCCGAGUACAUGGAGAAAAAUGGCAGCAAACCGAUACCGCUGCCCACAUGGGUUCCCGAUUGGAGAGGCCAUUUGGUGAGAUCCUGCGGUGACGAUCACUACCUAUAUCAAGAGAACAUGCAUUCACCAGCUGGGAAAUUUUCCAAGGUAGAAAUCCUCUCUACAUCAUCCUCUGCGAUUCUUGGACUUCGAGGCUUUUAUAUCGAUGCAAUCGAGGAGGUUGGGGACACUCAAUACAUCGCACACACGGAAGACAUUUCAAACGUAAAUGUCAUCAUGGAGGUAGUUCAAAUGCAUCUUGAUCUGUUUUCCUCGAUCAAAAGGCUUUGGUCCACAUCUCUCAGCAAGUCUUCAAAGGCCUAUCAUACGUGCUUUCGACAAGUCGAACCCUCUGGCGUGCGCCUGUGGGAAAUAUCCUGAAACCGCCUUGGACGCAGAGAUAUUAAUCGUCAAGAAGUGAUGAAGUCUCGCGACAUCAUGGAGUUUGUGCGAUUUGAAAACCUAUUGCGGCUCGUGGUUAGGCAAUCAAAGGCGUGCUUGAGGCGGCCGAAUGACAGCGCUGCCGCCGAGACACUCAGACAAUUGGUCCGCUGCGUUUAUUUUCAGUCGGCAUAUUAUCCGUCCUUGCAUCGCAUGGAAGACAAACGUCCAUAACUAACCGAAAAGGGAUACUUGGGAAUGGGACCAAGGCAUGCCCAACCCGGUGAUCAUGUUGUUGUCUUCCAUGGCGACGACAUCGCAUACGUGAUCAGACCGGCGCCGGAAGAAGGGGAGAACAUGUACACAUUGGUUGGGGAAGCGUACUGUGAUAGAAUCAUGAGCGGGGAGAUUGCUGAAGAAAGAUUUCUUCCUUAUUUAGCAUUUGGGAUUUGGAAUUUUGAGAAGUCAGGGGCAGGGAAUGACACAGGCGCCAGAUCUUUUUCAACUUGA